AUGGAAGGUGGUUCAGGGGGCGGAAUGAAGAGUCUGGAAGUACAGUGGGAGAACCUGCGUCUCACGGAGGAGGAAUCAGAAGUGUUAGAAAUAAUCGACGAUGCAGAGGAGGUGUGGGAACAGGGGGACAUGAGCAUUAUAGGGAAAAUAUGGCUGGAUAGAAGCAUUGGCUUGGAUGUUAUCUCAGCUACAAUGGGGAAAAUAUGGAGGGUGAGUAAGCCAGCUGUAUUCAGAGAGGUUGGGGUGAACCUGUUCGUGAUUACUUUCAGAAACCAAGUGGACAAGAUGCGUGUAAUGGAUGGACGACCUUGGCUUUUUGACAAUCACCUUUUCGCGCUACAAAUGUUUGAUGGAUAUGCUCAACCAAAUCAGUGGAGGUUUGAUAAAGAACUUUUCUGGGUUCAAAUUCACAAUUUACCAAUGGUUUGUAUGACAAAGGAAAAAGGGAGAUUGAUUGGUGAAUCGUUGGGGAAGUUAGUAGAAGUGGAUGUCCCUAAUGAUGAAAUGGGUUGGGGAAAAUUUCUGCGUGUUAGAGUUGAAAUUCCUUUAAUGAAGGCAAUAACAAGGGGACGUUUGAUCAAAGUUAAUGGCCAGGAGGUAUGGAUAAAUUUACGUUAUGAAAAACUGCCUAGAGUUUGUUUUAAAUGUGGUAGAAUUGUUCAUGGUUAUAAGGGGUGUGAAAUGGGACUCGAAGGGACUGUUAAAGAGAGAGGUAUGAACGAACAAUUUGGUGUUUGGCUGAGAGCUGAUCCUGGUUUUAGGAGAAGAUUUAAUAAGGGGCAGGGGACUGAAGGGGGGGAUAGGUGGAAUAGAAAGGGAGAGGAUGUGGAGAGUACAAACACUGGGGGUGGGAGAAAGGGAAGUGGAGAGGGAGAACUUUAUUCUGAGAAAGUGGUAGAAGGGGGUCGGGGUGAAGGGUAUGAUGUGGGGGAAGGUCAGAAUGUGGUUUGUGUUAAUGAGAGGAUUCUGGGAUGGGAGAGGAGUGAGGAGGAGACGGAUAUGGGUGGAAAAAACAAGAUGAAGAUAGUACAAAUCAAUGAGAAUGAGAGGGGGGAGAUAAAUGAAAAUGAAAAAAUAGGGGAAGGAGAGAUAGAAAAAGUUUUGAGUGCUGAAAGUGAAGGGGUGGGGAAGGAUAAUAAUGCAGUGGUUCUAAAAGGGAAAUGGAAAAGAAGAGCAAGGGGGAUAGGUAGAUCUGAGGGUCUGGAUGGUAGCUCUAUUGGAGAAAAAAGAGGUUUGGCUGGGGAGGAUGAGGUCAGUAACAUUAAGUGUAGGGCUGUUAAAAAAUCUAAGAGGGAGCAAGAGGGUAAGGAGCAAAAUGUGACAAUUUCGAUGGCGGGAGCUGCGAGUCAGCCCCGCAUAGUCAAGGAAAAGCAGCCAGAUAUAGUCUUCUUAAUGGAGACUAAACUACGUUCUAAUAAAGUGGAAGCUAUACAAAGGAAAGGAGGUUUUAAGGGUUGCAUUGUGGUGGAACCAAUAGGUUUGGGUGGGGGUCUGCUGAUGAUGUGGAAGGAUGUGGAUGAAGUGGAAUUAUGCAAUUAUUCUCAAUGGCACAUUAGUGUUUGGGUGAGAAAUGAAAAGAAUAAUGAAAGGUGGUUGCUAACGGGAUUUUAUGGAGAUCCUGAUGUUUCUAAAAGGGAUAUGUCCUGGGAUCUAUUGUCUGAAUUAAAACCUUAUAAUGAGAUUGGUUGGUGUGUGAUUGGGGAUUUCAACGAAAUAGUGUCCCAAGAUGAGAAAUGGGGAGGAAGGGAAAGAAGGGAGGGGCAGAUGGAAAAAUUUAGGAAUGCAUUGGAUGAUGGAGGUUUGAGGGACCUUGGAUGGAAAGGAAUAAAGUACACUUGGAGUAAUGGGCAUGGAGAUGAGACUUUCAUAAAAGAACGAUUGGAUCGAGCUGUAGCAAACAGAGAGUGGAGGACAGGAUUUGAUGAGAUCCAGGUGGAGACUGUUUUGGCUUGGUGUUCAGAUCAUCUGCCUAUACUCUUAAGCUGUUCAAAGGGUUGGAUGGACAAUAGAAGAUUCAAGAGGUUCUUUAGAUAUGAAAUGUGUUGGGAUAAGGAUGAGGAAUGUGGGGAAGUAAUUGAGAGGGCAUGGAAGUAUCAAUCAGGGGGGGUUCAAAACAAACUAAUUUCUUGUAGACAAGCUUUGUGCCACUGGUCUAAGGAAGCAGAUGAAAAAAGGAGUAGAUCUAUAAAGGAACUGACUGAUAAGCUAAAGAUCCUAAAAGAAACUGAGGGUCCUGAGAAGAUAACUGAAAUAAAGCUGAUUAGUGGGAGGCUGAGUUUACUGCUUGAUCAAGAGAAUGUUUGGUGGAAACAGAGGGCAAAGAGUCACUGGCUGAAACAAGGGGACCGUAAUACCAAGUAUUUUCAUGCUUGUGCAACUCAGAGGAGAAAAAAGAACACCAUUGUGGAAAUUGAAAAUGCCCAGGGGCAAAUGCAGAAAGGCAAAAUAGAUAUUGAGGAGGCUUUUAUGGGUUAUUUUGCUGAGCUCUUUACAACAACACACCCAUCCACCCGAGAGAUUGAAGAGUGUAUUGCUUCCACUGAUGUGAGGAUUAAUGAAGAUAUGAGAGGGGAAUUAGAAAGGGAUUUCUCCUUUGAAGAAGUGGAGAGGGCUUUGAAGCAAAUGUCAGCAUGGAAGUCCCCGGGUCCCGAUGGUUUUGGGGCUGGUUUUUUCCAAAAACAUUGGAGUCUGGUGGGAAAGGAGGUUAAGGACCCAAAAUCUGUGAAGGAUUUUAGACCGAUUAGCUUAUGCAAUGUUUUGUAUAAGUUAAUCUCGAAGGUGUUAGCUAAUAGGAUUAAAAAGGUACUGAAUGUGGUUAUAUCACAGAACCAAAGUGCUUUUAUUCCCGGUAGGCUUAUAACAGACAAUAUUAUGGUGGCUUUUGAACUACUUCAUACAAUGCAGACCAAACAAAAGGGCAAAUCAGGUCAUAUGGCCAUAAAGCUUGAUAUGUCAAAAGCCUAUGAUAGAGUGGAAUGA